AUGGGGGCCGUUGCUAGGACCGUGUUCCCCGUAUGCGAAAGCCUAUGUUGCUUUUGUCCUGCUUUGCGUGCCAGAUCCAGACAUCCCGUCAAGAGAUACAAACAACUUCUAGCCGAUAUCUUCCCUCGUUCCCCGGAUGAGCAACCUAAUGACAGAAAAAUCAGUAAACUAUGUGAAUAUGCUGCCAAAAACCCUCUUCGUAUCCCUAAGAUUACAACCUAUCUUGAACAAAGGUGUUACAAAGAACUGAGAAUGGAGCAGUUUCACUCUGUAAGGAUUGUUAUGUGUAUCUACAAGAAGCUCUUGGUUGCCUGUAAUGAACAAAUGUCAUUGUUUGCUAGUAGUUACCUUGGCCUCAUUCAUAUUCUUCUGGAUCAAUCGAGGCAUGAUGAGAUGCGUGUUUUAGGUUGUGAAGCUAUCUAUGAUUUUGUUACAAGUCAGACAGAGGGCACAUACAUGUUUAACUUAGAUGGGUUGAUCCCAAAAAUAUGUCCUUUAGCUCACGAACUGGGAGAAGAAGAAAGAACAAUACAUUUGUGUUCUGCUGGCCUCCAAGCUCUCUCAUCCUUGGUUUGGUUCAUGGGAGAGUUUUCACAUAUCUCAGUGGAGUUUGACAAUGUUGUCUCUGUUGUCUUGGAAAAUUAUGGAGGAGUUGUUCAAUCAUCCACUGGUUCGGUACAACAAGACAACAACAACAAUGCUUCUGAACUUUCUCCAGCAGAAGCUGAGACAAGGAUUGCUUCUUGGACAAGAAUUGUGGAUGACAGAGGCAAGGCCAUUGUAUCUGCGGAAGAUGCUAAAAACCCUAAGUUUUGGUCGAGGGUUUGUCUGCAUAAUCUUGCAAAGUUAGCAAAAGAAGCAACAACAGUUCGGCGUGUACUCGAGUCACUCUUCCGCUACUUUGAUUUCAAUGAAGUUUGGUCCACAGAGAACGGUCUUGCUUUAUAUGUUUUGCAGGACGUUCAGUUACUAAUAGAAAGAUCUGGGCAAAACACACACUUCCUCUUGUCAAUCUUGAUCAAGCAUAUGGAUCACAAGAAUGUUCUAAAGAAACCUAAGAUGCAACUAGACAUUGUUUAUGUUGCAACUGCACUUGCUCAACAGACUAAAGUUCAGCCAUCUGUUGCAAUAAUUGGUGCGUUGAGUGAUAUGAUUAGGCAUCUGAGGAAGAGCAUUCAUUGUUCGUUGGAUGAUUCAAAUCUUGGCAAUGAGAUGAUUCAGUAUAAUCUCAAGUUUGAAACUGCAGUUGAGCAAUGCUUAGUGCAGUUAUCACAGAAGGUAGGAGAUGCAGGUCCUAUCCUUGACAUAAUGGCUGUCAUGUUAGAAAGCAUGUCAAACAUUACAGUCAUGGCAAGAACUCUCAUCGCCGCUGUUUUCCGGACAGCACAAAUCAUAGCAGCUAUACCAAAUCUAUCAUAUGAAAACAAGGCAAGAUUGCUUAUACCUUGA